UUUGUCACUGUCAGUCAGAUUUCAUUUCAACUAGCAAGUGAGCCGGUUAAUUUUCGACUAAAAUUACAAUUACAAAUGAACUUUCUUCACAACUAGAGGCUGAAAUAACAAGACAAGAAUCUCUAAAACAUGUCUGAAGUAGAAAGUACCGAAGUUGCGGUCGAAAAUGAGCAGAAAGACUACGUUGAAGAUGGGAAAAAUAAGUUGAACGUAAAGUGCAAAUUUUGCGGUUCAAAGAUACUAGAUAAGAAAUCAGCGAAGUAUAUCACGUUAGAGAAAGACUUACCGCUAAUGCAACAAGACAACAACAGAAAGGAGGGCGAAAUCCAAAACGAACAAAUAAAGGAGUUCUAUCAUGUUGAAAACAUGUACACAUUUGAAAACAUUGGUUUUACGCACACAGUAGCAAAUUGUAAAUAUCUAAGCUGUGCUGACUGUGAUGCUGGGCCUGUUGGCUUUUAUGAUAUGGACACAAAACAUAGUUAUGUUGCGUUAUCUAGGAUUGAACAUGCUUAAAAAUAUACAGUAGAAUCCGGAUAUAACGACCUUCAAGGGACCGACGAUACUAUGUCGUACUAACCGGACGACGCACAAAACGGACGGAUUAUUUCUUAAGUACAUAACUUAACUUGUACAUACAUACAUAACUUACGAAUGCAUAUUAUUAUCUUUAUCUUCUUACAUAAAAAUGAAUUGAUGUUAGUUAGUCUGACAAAAACUCCGGAAUGGCUGGACUGAUUUGGCUUAUUUUGGUUUUAGAAUGUGUGUAGAGGUCCAGGGAAGGUUUAAACGAUACGAACGCGGGGCGGGGGUACGAGUGCGUAGGUAAACAAAACAUUGCGCGUGUGUCGUUUUAACCGGACGUAUUAUAAUAAAUAUUGGUCGCUAUAAGCAGUUGGUCGCUUAAACCGGAGUCGCACUAAACGGUUAUAUUGUCUUAGUACCUAUAUACGAAACCUAACUUGAGUAAAGAUUAUCGUCGCUAAAACCGAUUAGUUGUUAUAAGCGAAGUCGUUAUAUAUGAAUUCUACUGUACAUGCAUAUAUUUUUUUGUAUAAUAAAUGGUUUUGUUAACAGUACAUUUAUAAUAACUAGACUUGUCUCACGUAAUUGUUGUUGUUAUAAUUACUGCCAAAAAUUUCAGGCAUAUCUUGACUCAAGAUAAAAAUGAUUGGGUAAACUUAAAAAUGCUUACUUGAAACAAAACUUCAGAUGAGUCUAGUUAUUUUUAUGUACUGUAAUUUUUAGGCAAAGGUAACUGUUUUCAGCCUAUGCUGAUAUUCUAACUAAACACAUUUGAAACUUUGCCUUUGCCUAAUCAAUAUGAAUGAAAAAUAUUAUCAAAAGUACAUUUCAAUACUUAUUUUUUGUGUUAGAUUGUAAUCCACGUGUCAAUGAAAUUAAAUAGAAAUAGGUGCUUACUUUUAUCUCAAAAAUAUCAUGUAUCUUAAAUAUUCAAUAUUACAAAGAAAUAGUAGGCAAAAUAUUGUUCUAAAUAAAUAAAUAUCCUCAAAGUUUUUAGAUAGAUAAUAAAAUGUAGUUUUCAAAAAAAAAUAGUAAUCAAAUU